AUGCAGACGGAAGCUACAGACAUAUGCACUAACAGUGUGGAGUAUAAGAGUGUGGCUACAGUGAGGAAAACAUGUAGCAAGAAACUAGGUUGCCCGUUUGAGUUGAUAGGGUUUACGGAAUCAAAGGGAAAUGUUUGGAGGUUAGAGGUGACGAAUCCGACGCACAACCACACUCCUAUUGAAAACAUAGAGGGUCACACUUAUGCGAGAAGGAUUUCUUCGGAGGAUAAAAGACUGAUUGAGCAGCUAGCAGAACAAUAUAAUCUAAACCGUAGCAUUUGGCGAACGUUGACGAAAAAGAACCCGGAGAAAAAGAUUAUUCCGAAAGAUAUACACAAUGUUAUUCAGAAGAUCAAUGCCGGGAAGAGGGUCAGCGAAUCUCCAAUGCAACAACUCGAAAACUUUCUUGUAAAAAGAGAUUUCACUUAUUACAUACGAGAGAAUCAGACCACGAACGCAGUUGAAGAUAUUUUCUUUGUCUACAAACUUUCAUUUACUAUGUGGUGUGCAUUCCCGCAUAUGCUAAUGAUUGACGCCACCUACACAACAAACUUGUACAAUCUUCCGUUUGUUUAG